AGUUUAUGAAGGUGUUUGAUGGUGAUGAUGCAGUCAAGCGCGGCUUUUUCCGAUUGGUCUCUAUGCUUCGAGCCACAAGGAAUGAGGAAGUGGUGGAGGCGGCGCUGAGGGCCUUUUACCUCCCUGAUGAGCCUCAGGACUACGAGCUGCAGGAGGUCGGCGGCAUGCAGCGUCUCCAUACUGAAGACAUCCUCAACCGCAACGGCGGUCCAGACAACCGAGGCUCUCUGAAGGACGGAGGGGACGCCUGGCUGCUGAGGGCCAAACCCCGAGAUACUGAGGUCAUCAAGGUGUACGCCAGCUGGCCCAGGUCGGGUGCAGCUUUCGUCUCCGUCUCCGUCUCCAAAAACAGCACGGCGGAGUCGGUCCUCACUGAGGUCCUCAGUCAGCUCGACAGACAGGAUGAAGAUGUGUCCAGUUUCAGCCUGCUGGAGGUCUACAUGAGCAGCAAGCAAGGUGAGCGGUAACAUCACGAUUAAAGCAGAC